CAUAUUUUACAGGAUUUACUUUCCUCUACCGUCAUUCUUGACAGAUGUCGAACUCUUCCUCUCAAAAAAGAGCAAAAUUUAAAUUUAAUUGACGGAUCUACUCAGCAAAUCCGUUCAUGUUCGAUCUGCUCCGAAUCUACAAAUUUAUGUCCAAUCGCCGUCCAAGAAAUGGACAUUCUUGCCAAAUUCGUGCUAAAUCAGGAGAAAAUUUCUCUCAUUUUACAAACUGAGGAUCAUCCUGCAAUAUUUUGUUGUGAAAUCUGCUCCUCCGCGAUCCACUCGUUGGCCAAGUUGACCACGCAGAUUGAAAACAUCACGAUUUCUCUACGUGCCGUCAUUUCCAGCAGAAACGGGCUGUUUAGCAGAAUUCAAAGAAAUGAACCUACUUUAAUCACUAAAUUUCCGCACACAGGCAGUGACGGAGUCUGUCAGAGGGACGAUUUGGAAAAUAUUGACGACCUACAAUUACCUGGCGACAUUGAGGAGGAAGAAUUUUGUGUAAAAGUCGAGCCCCCAAGUGACCAUGAGAACAACGUUGACGACGACGACGAACUUAAUGAAAUCGGGUCAGAUCCGCUCUUCAUACCGGAAGAAAGUGAUGAUGCUGAUGCCAAUUUACCAGACUCCGGGGUCGACGUGGCGUCAAAAUUUGUGUGCACAUUAUGCAAACCCAACGUCGCCGUUACCACAAUCGUUACUCUUAAACGUCACUUAAAGAACACAAAAGUUCAUGAAAAUAUUUCGAGGGCUGAUUAUUUAGCAAUCAUGAACGCAGCAAAGGCUAAAAAAGCCCACGUGCUCCAAGUCGAGAAGCGGUAUCCGUGCGCCCAAUGUGAGAAGCGGUUCGGUUGGAAGGCUGCCUUGGUUCGGCACGUGACCGUGGUCCAUAAAGGGGUUCGUUACAUGGUAAAAUGCACCCUUUGCCCUGGAACCUUUCUGGAUCGGAGGACCUUGGAAAGUCUAAUGGUGAAAUGUCACGAGGCUCCAAAACCCGUCGCCAAAAAGCGAAAGGAACGCUACUCUUGCGAAAUGUGCGAAAGAACGUUCGCCACAUCGUCGGGAAUGCAGCGCCACGUGGAAAUGGUCCAUUUCCAGGACAAGACAUCCUGUCCGUACGGAUGUCAAACUGAUAACUUUGACUCGGAGGCGGAAUGGGUGACGCAUUUGGUGGUGUGCGACUCUACGAAAAUGAGGGCGUGCGUCUGUUACUUUUGCAAUUUAAAGUUCCGCACAACCCUGCUGAGGACGGAACAUUGUUUGAGAGCCCAUCCCGACAAGGUGCACAUUUGUGCUGGUUGUGGGGCAAAAUUUACUCGGCAGGAUGUCCUCAAGUCGCACCGAUGUGGGGAAAAUGUGAAGAAGAGUAGAGUACAAAAGGAUGCUUGAAAUUAUACAGUAUUUCUAAAAAAAUGUAUUAAUAAUUUUUUGACAUGGUGUUAUUUUUUUAUGAAAAUCUGUCAUUCUUAGAAAAACGUGUAGAAUUAUUUUAAUUGGAUAACCUUAACCUGUCUGGUUCUUUAUUGUAGUAAUCGAAGUAGUCGAAACACCCCUAUAAAUCUUUGGAUUUGAUGUAGUAAUGUCAUUUUUGGGAACACAUAAAUUCGCCUUGUUCGGUUGUUUUCUUACAUAUUGUCACCGAGGUUGCUUAUUUUGUUAAUUACAUACUCUCACCAAAAUAAAAUUUAGACCGUAGGUAUCAACUUAAUUAUAAUUUCAAUUUCGUUAUGUAACUUCAUAUUAUGCACGAGGAGUAGCGAGAAUUUAUUGAUCAGUAGGAUAAAUUGUAAUCGCAGAGUAAAAUAAUGUUUUACAUACAUUUAAUUAGAAAAAUCUAAACGACCAGCGCUGUACAAAAGUGUCCCUAUCUGAAUUAAAAAUCUAAAACUGUCAUAAUAUUAAAAGUAAAAUAUCUUAUCCAACUCUCUCCCGGCUGGGAGAGAUCCUAAAACUGCAGCCACGUUUCCACUGCGAUGCUCAUUCUUUGGAUGAGAAAUGGUGUUGCCCGCUUCUCCUCCGUAAGGGCUGUGAUCCUUGACCCUAUUUCUUUGAUAAGGGAGAGACCAUCCUUGCCCCAUACUCCAGUCGUUUCAACGGCUACGGGAACAUAUUAUGUAGUAUGUACAUGUGUAGUAUUACUUAUGGUGGGCGUAGAGAUGAAAUGGAUUAGGAUUUUCAAACACCCAUCCAAUCCAAAUCCAAACCACCUAAAUCCAAUACAUAAAAAAUUUUCCGCCAAAAAAUCCAUUUUAUCCAAUCCAUUUACCUCUGCCACAAAAAAUAUCCAAUCCAUCCAAUCCAUUUUAAUAAAACUCCAUUUUAUCCAAUUCACUUCUGUUUAUGUAGCAAAAACUUCAAUCCAUCCAAUCCAUUUAAGAAAUAAUCCAUACAGAAAUUCACAGCCAAAGACUGCAAAUUCUAAUAGUAGAAAAAUCUGAACGACGUUACUAAAUGACUCAAUAGCUCAGUGGUCAGAGCACCUGUCAUGAAAACAGGAAGUCCCGGGUUCGUAUCCCUGCUGGGUUAAACGUUUUAACACGAUUUAGAUUUAACUAUUUUCAUUCAAGAAAUAAUCCAUUUUAUCCAAUCCAAUCCAAAACUUCAGCGGGGUGAAAUAAAACCUGUGCUGCAUUCUAACACAGAUGUUUUCUACUCGACUUGUGUACAACUUGAUUAAACGAGCCUCACUUGAAUAUUAUUUGAACUUUAAAUCAACUGAAAAUGAACCAAGUUAUAGCAGUGGUACUGCUGUCCUCGGCCGUAGGCAUAUUAGUAGAAGGCUCUCUAAAAUUGGAAAUACCGUAAACUAUUUAACAAGUCAAGUGGUAUAUGCAAAGUAGCUUUACAAUUUACCUUGAGAUAAUGUUUGAGAAUUAAUUUUGAAAACGACUUACGACAAAGCCAGGGUUACAAUAUUUAUUUUGUAGGAAAAAAUUGUCAUAUGCGUAAGGUGCCUGUCACAUUGGAAAAGUGCAAUACAUAGUUGCAGGAUUUUUUUAACGUAACGGGUUUUCUAAGGGGUCUUGCGAAAUGUGCAAAAUUCAGCAAAAUCUUGCUGGAUAGAUCGAAAUCAUAUUUUGCUUACCUCAUGCCAUAAAUGUUUUUAAAAAAUCCCUAAAUAAUUUUCAUGUCAAAUACGAAGUCAUCCAUGGCUUAAAAUUAUCCUUCUAAAUAUUCUUGCAGAAUAUGCAGAAGCUAAAAUGCCACCGCUUUUGUGGAAAUUCAACACAAUCGAUGUCCAUUUAAUAGCUGUGGUAUGGGUCGUCUUCAUGUUCGCGGGCUCAGUAGCACUCAUGUUCUUUGUUGUUCCGGGGCGACCGCAAUGUUUUUAUUCGCUAAUUUCCUCCACCCCAAGGAACAAAAUGGACCCCGUUUUCCUAGUCUUUCUCGCAUUUGAAGUGUAUGCCAAAACUGCACAGGUAUUUAUGAUGGCGACGGAUGCAUUAGCCAUCAUGCCCACACUGCUUUCUGCCGCAUUCUGGAUGAAGUCUAUGUGCAGGUUGGUCCAGCUACGGUCAUAUUGCAUAGUGCUAAUAGGGAGUCCCAACUUUGUAAAAAAAAAUCGCUUUUUCUGCUCACGAUUUUUUCGC